UUGAUGUGCUAAUGUUAGCUUUAGCUCUCGGUCGACAUGAAAUGAAUAAAAACGGGAACCAUCAGUUAAAGCAGCUUAUGGAAGCUGUCGAAGGUAACCGGAAACAGAAAGGAGUGAGACCUCUGACUGUAUGGAACAGCUCAAACCGACAUGACCCGGAUGUAAAGAACACAUCCGGUUACAGAGAUCAACAACGUGCGCGCAUGUGUCGGUGCUGAGAUCAGAUUAACAAACAGCCGCCAUGACAUCAUUAGCCCACCAGCUGAAGAGGCUCGCUCUGCCUCAGAGCGACCCCAACCUGCUGACACGCAGAGAGGUCGUCUCGCUGCUCUUUGACCCCAAAGAUGCUGCAACCAUGGACCGGAGCACCUUCUACGCCCUCGGCUGCACAGGGCUGGAGGAGCUGCUUGGAAUCGAACCAGCCUUCCUGGAGUUUCAGGACACCCUGUUCAGCCGGUCCUCUCUGACCUUGGAGCGCAGCGUCCAGUCCAAAGAGGUCAACGAGAAGCUGGACGCCGGCAUCUCGCUCUUCCUGACCCGCCUCUCCCCGUACUUCCUCCUCAAACCGGCUCACAAGUGCCUGGAGUGGCUGAUUCACCGCUUCCACGUCCAGCUGUAUAACCCCGACAGCCUGCUGGCCUGCGUGCUGCCGUACCACGACACCAACGUGUUCGUCAGAGUCCUGCAGCUCCUCCACAUCAAGGACGCCACCAACCGCUGGAGCUGGCUGCACUGCCUGCAGAAACCCGGUGUACCCCUGUCCAGAGGAGCUCUGAUCACUCACUGCUACUCAGACCUGAGCUUCAUGGACUUCAUCUGCACCCUGGUGACCAAGGCCAUCCAGGCGUACUCGGGUCACUCAGGAACCUGCUCCCAGCUCAGAGUGAUCUUCUCGUUCUACGCGUCCACCAUCGUCCCCGCUCUGGACGCUGUGGACAAAGUGUCCGACAGCAUCAUCUCCAAACUACUGCCGUACGUCCAGAAGGGUCUGAAGUCGUCUCUGAGCGACUACAAGGCGGCGACCUACAUGAUCGUGUGCCAGCUGGCGGUGAAGGUGGUGAUGGAGGCGUCGCUGGUCGACACGCUCGCCGUACACGUGGCUCGCUCUCUGCUCAGAGAACCCGUGUUGGCUCAGGAGGGACUCGGCUGCCUCGUCGUGCUGCUGCAGAACCAGAAAGAGGGCGCCGCCGGGCCCAGAGCGUUCAGCCGGCUGAGCUCCAUGCCGGCGCUCGUCUCCUCGCUGCAGGUCAUGGCGGCGAGUCACGACGUGGCUCCUCUGCUGCGGUACCUGCUGCCUCACCUGGUCCACGCCGUGUUCAGCUCAGGGGAGACCGAGACAGACCAGCUCGCUGUGCUGGAGUCCCUCCUGAAGUCCGUCCCCCUGACCAAAGACCUGGACCAGACUGUGGCUCGCUUGUUGUUGGACCAGUACCUGAGUCAGACCGGGCUCUCUGAUGAGAACCUGUCGACCCUGGAUCAGCGCCUGCUCCCUCUGGUCCGGCUGUUUGAGUCCAGGUACUGUGGAGCUCUGGAUGGCGUCCUCGCAGGUCAUGUGACCGACCUCAGCAGCCCCGAGCAGAAACGACUCUUCCAUCACUUCCUCUCGCUGUCCAUGAGCAGUGGAAAAUACCAGAUUAUGGGUGACUCGGACACGUCUCUGCUCCUCAGCCUGAAACACCCGCAGCCUUCAGUCCGAGUCUCCGCGGUGGAUCACCUGAUGGGGAUCAUCUCCUCCGGACAGCUGCAGAGUCUGGACCAAACCUUCCUGAAAGACGCCGUCAUGGACCGCCUGCAGGACGACGUGCCGCAGGUCGUCAGCUCCGCCCUUAAAGCCCUGGAGAUGCUGUUUGAUAUUUUGGACCCUGAAGGCAUCGUGUUGAGUUUGCUGUCGCUGCUGCACAGAGUGGAUGUGUCGGAUGCUGACAGAUGGAUGCCGGUGCUGACAGAAGCGGUGCGUUUACUGUCUAACCCGCGGCUGGGAAAGGAGGACUCUGAUCUGGUUCAGAGGGCAGGAUGGAAGCUGCUCCCCUUCCUCGUCAUCACCUCCUCUCGGCUCCACCUCUCCACCUGCGUCGCUCAAUCCUCCAUCAUCAGACAACACCCGCUCACACAGAGCUGGGCCGAAGAGCUGGAAGACGUGAUGAAGAGGAGUUCUGAUCCAGACUUCGUGGGUCUGGUGAACCAGCGUCUGGUCUCCAGGAUGACGAAGAACCUGUCCAGCAUGGAGCUCUUCAUGAGACGGGACGCGCUGGAGCAGCUGGCUCUGUCGGUGGAGCAGCAGCAGGGCCGCGGACUCAGAGCCAGGACCUCCUUCCUGGUCCUGACCCAGACUCUGCUGCUCGGCCUGAGCGAGCUGAGCGGGACGCAGCACCUCCUCACGGCUCAGAGGGUCUACAUGCUGCUGGAGCGCCCCCUGCUGGACGCCAUCAGAGAGGAGGCGGCGGCACAGGAAGUGGAUCGCCCCCUCAGCCCCCCCUCCUCCUUCUCUGAAGCCCUGACUCUGUACCUGAGCAGGUGUGAGCUGCAGUCAUGUGACCAGCUGCACGCCGAGUUCAGCUUCGUCCUCCUGAGUCUGCUCAGAGCCUUCAUCUCCUCCCUCAGGUGUCCUGACUCCUCCUUCACAGGUGAGGUGUGGUGGAACCCGGAGAAGAUGGACACGAACACCUGCUGUUUCCUGGGUCUGCUGUGCCGCCUGUUCAGCGUGGUCAUUAGCGGCGCGGGGGCGGGGCCAUCGGCGGGGAGCUUCAGAGACUUGAUGAAGCUGAUGAUACAGGUUCACCUGCGUGAGGUCACGAUGCUCUUCAGGUUCCUCUGCAUGUUGUGGGGAUACGCCGGGAACCAUGGAGACCAGCUGGAUGUGAAGGUGGGCGCCGUGCUGCAGACUCAGGCGCUGUACGUGGGCGGGGCUCUGCUGAAGGUCCAGCCGACCGCCACGCUCGAUCAGCUGACCGCCGCCGACUCACCAGUCGUUCCCUCCCUCCUCUGCUGUCUCUCCUCUCCGGUGAGGGAGGUGAGGAGGGCGGCGCUCGCUGCUCUUCAGAGCCUAUCAGGAUCCAGCUCUUCUCCCUUCCAUCCAAUCACAGAGCGGCUUCUGAGGACGUCAGAGGAGCUGGUGGCGGACCCUUCGUACCUGAGCCAGGCUCUGGGCGCGCUCCAUGACGCCUCUCGGUCCGGUCAUGUGACCUCUCAGCAGAAGAAGCAGCAGGCGGCGCUGCAGCAGCUCCUGCAGAGCGUGCUGAGUCUGAGCUGCCCGUCAUACACCGCCGCCGCGCUGCUGCGAGCGCUCAGCGACGUCAACGGACAGUCCGUCCUCUCCGCCCUGCUCCCCGUCCUGGAGCGGCUCCUGGUUCAGCACUGCCCGGACGCCCCCUCGCUGCUGCGAGCCGAGGCCCAGGUGAUGCAGCUCGUCCUGGGGAAGUUCAACGAGUCCUCGGCCCCCCUGCUGGUCCAGGACCAGAACUGUCUGGACCUGUUCAUCCGAGCGCUGAGGACUUCGACUCAGCAGCACAGAGACAUCCCGAGCAGCCAGAUCAUCGCUCUGGAGCAGAUCACGAAGGCGUUCUUCUCGGCGCUCGGGGACGAGGCGGUGCAGCAGAAGCUCCUCUCCGUCAUGUUCGACCUGCUGGUGGAGAGCAGGAGCCCCCUGGUGGCCAACACCGUGAGCAGCGUCUUCAAAGGGAUCGCGGUGGACGCUCAGCUGGUGGCCAACGAGCUGGCUCCUCCAGAGAAGCCUAACGUGAGCGUGACGGUGCAGCAGAGCCGCAGGAGCCGGAUGUCUCUGAGGAAACUGGAGGCGAGCGGAGCCGCCGGUCCGGACGAGGGCGCCGUGUCCUGGCAGCGGGUGACUCUGAUCCUGGAGCUGCUGCAGCACAAGAAGAAGCUGAAGAGAGCUCAGGCGCUGGUGCCCGUCCUGUUCUCGCUGCUCGCCAGGACUCUGGAGUCCGACCACAGUAACGUGGAGUACACCAAACAGCUGCUGCUCAGCUGUCUGCUCAACAUCUGCCAGAGACUGCGUCCAGCAGGGGGCGCUGCGGGAUCAGACCUGGUCCUGGAGGAGGAGAAGUUCAGCGUGGAGCUCGUGGUCCAGACCAUCAGAACGUCCAGCAUGCCUCAAACGCAUCACCACGCCCUGCUGCUGCUGGGCACCGCCGCCGCCAUCUUCCCCGAGAAGGUCCUCCUGAACAUCAUGCCGAUCUUCACCUUCAUGGGAGCGAACAUCCUUCGUCUGGACGACGCGUACAGCUUCAGAGUGAUCCAUCAGACGGUGCAGAUGGUGAUCCCGGCCCUGAUCCAGGCCCACAAGCUCUCUGACGGCAGCUCCUCCUCUCACGUGGUCUCCGUCGUGACGAGGAUCAUGCACGUGUUCGCCGACGCUCUUCCUCACGUGCCGGAUCACCGUCGAGUGCCGAUCCUCAGUCAGCUGGUGACCACGCUUGGCCCCGCCCACUUCCUGUGGGUCCUGAUGCUCCUCCUCUUCAAGCUGCACGCCACGCAGACGGCCGGCUCCUCGACGGAGAAGGAUGCCGCUCUGGAGAGAGACGUGGACUUCUGGAUCUCUCUGUGCUGUGAGUUUGAGGUGUCUGAUCAGCUGACCUCUCUGGUCCACGUCCUGAGCUUCCUGCUGCAGCUUCCUGACGACAAGGACGACGCUCCGGUGAAACGCCCCGUCGGGCGGCGAGCAGCGAAGAAGGAGGUGGAGGAGGAGGAGAAGGUGGACGAGCUGAUCUUCAGCGUGGAGACUCACAGCGGCAAAGAGCUGCGACACUUUAAGUUCCUCUGCGUGUCGUUCAUGGCUCAGCUGCUCGGGUCCAACGUCUUCAUCGGGAAGGUCGCAGACAGUGAUGAUGUUGAGGAGUCUCUGCAGAAGCUGCAGCAGAGACUGUUGGAGGAGAUCCUGCGGUACAUCCACAGCGUCGCUCGCUGUGUGGAGGAGAACUCCGACAAACCCACCGCCAAGUUCUGGAGAGUUCUUCUGAACAAAAGCUACGACGUCCUCGAUAAGGUGAACUCGUUGUUGCCGACGGAUACCUUCAUCACGGUGAUGAGGGGGCUGAUGGGUAAUCAGUUGGCGUCCGUCAGGAGGAAGGCGAUGGAGCUGCUGAACAACAAGCUGCUGCAGAGACACACCUGGGAGGAGCAGCAGGUCGCCGCUCUGUUACAGCUGACCACCGACCUGCUGAGCAUUGUGGGUAAAAGCCACAGUCAGCUGACGGAGGAGGAGGCGGAGCACGCCAUCAACCGGCAAACGGCGCUCUACAGCCUCAAGCUGCUCUGUCGCAAUUUCGGCUCCGACCACCAGGAGGCGUUCGUCCCCGUGCUGCAGCAGGCGGUGGAGGUCGUCAUGACGCCGGAGGAGGAGAAGAACGUGACGGGCAGCGCGCUGCUGUGCGUCGCCGAGGUUGUGAGCGUGCUCAGAGCGCUCGCCAUCCCACAGCUCCCAAGGUUGAUGCCGGCGGUGCUGCAGACGCUCACAGACAGGAAGGAGCUGCUGACCAAUGAGAUCUACCUGCUGAGCGCAGUCACCGCCCUGCAGCGCGUCACAGAGACGCUCCCACACUUCGUCAGCCCGUACCUGCAGGACGUCACGCUCCAGGUGUGUCGCCUGACCCGGCUGGUAGAGUCCUCCUCUUCCUCCUCCUCCUCCUCCUCCACGCAGCUGACCACACGCCUCGCCUCCCUCAGGAGCACGCUCGCCACCAAGCUGCCCCCCCGGGUCCUCCUGCCCACCCUCAACAAGUGCUACGGCAACCUGGUGGAGGACAGAAAGGCUCAGCUGGGGGCGCUGAUGAGCAUCCUGAAGGAACACAUCAACCACAUGGAGAAGGAUCAGCUCAACGCCCACCAAUCAGAGCUCACCUCCUUCUUCCUCACCGCACUGGACUUCAGAGCUCAACACUGUCAGGGUGAUCUGGAGAAGACGGUGGAGGUGGAGGGUCAUGUGAUGGACUGUCUGGUCUCCAUGGUGAUGAAGCUGUCGGAGGUGACGUUCAGGCCGCUCUUCUUCAAGCUCUUCGAUUGGAGUAAAUCGGACAGCAACGAUCGCCUGCUGACGUUUUACCGUCUGUCCGACCGCAUCGCCGAGCGGCUCAAAGGACUCUUCGUCCUGUUCGCAGGGAACCUCGUGAAACCGUUCUCUGAUCUCCUGAGACUCACCAACUCCUCAAAGACAGAUGAGCUCCUGUUCAGGUCAGGUGGAGCGGAGGAGAAGGUCAGCCUGCUGCUGCAGCUCGUCCUGGACUGUCUGCAGAAGAUCUUCCUCUACGACACACACCGCUUCCUCAGCAAGGAGCGCGCAGACGCCCUGCUGGGGCCGCUCGUGGACCAGCUGGAGAACAUGGUGGGUGGAGACCAGGUGUACCAGCAGAGGGUGACUCAGCACCUGGUCCCGUGUGUGGGUCAGUUCUCUGUGGCUCUGGGUGACGACGCUCUGUGGAAAACCCUCAACUACCAGAUCCUGCUGAAGACCAGACACACCAACGCCAAGGUGCGUUUCUCCUCCCUGUUGGUGUUGAUGGAGCUGGCGUCCAAACUGAAGGAGAACUACAUGGUGCUGCUGCCAGAGACCAUCCCCUUCCUGGCUGAGCUGAUGGAGGACGAGUGUGAGGAGGUGGAGCAACAGGUGCAGAAGGUGGUUCAGGAGAUGGAGAACAUCCUGGGAGAACCUCUACAGAGCUACUUCUAACACACACACACACACACACACACACACACACACACACACACACACAACAUACCUCUCUCUUCAGGUCCAAUAAAUAAAUCUUUGUCUUCAGA